UACUAUUUUAGUUUCUGUUUGUUUUUUAUGUCUAAUUUGUGAGUGAUAACAUAAAUGGAUACUACGUGUAAAUACUGCAACUUGCUGGAGAACAAGCAAGACAACCCUGGUUUAAUUUGUCAAACCUGUAUUUGCUUUGUACAUUUAACUUGUUUACGUAGACUCGGCACUCCUGGCGACUUCGCAUGUGAUGUAUUUUUCGACUACACUUGUGCGGAUUGUUCACCUGAUAACAAGGAAGUAUUCCUUAGGAACAAAUUCCCUUGGGUUAAUGUAAUACUUCUUACAUUGCAUCACCUGAGUACCCAGUCUUAUGGCAUCAGUAAUAAUGGCUUCUUCCAUUAUAAAACUCAUAUCUGCUCUUUCAUUGAUAGAUCUUGGAAUCUACUUUUUGGACAUAAAACUAAGCAGAAGAAAAAUUGGGUGGGUACUAUAGCAGGGGUAUUAUCUAUAUACAACAACUUUAUAUUUCGGUCAGGAUCUAUGGUACUUGGAGAAACAGGAUGGUGGAAACUGAUGCAUGGUUUUUCACCUGCAGUUAGUGCUCACAUUAUUCAAGAAUUGGCUAGAGAUAAACCUAAGGGAAAACCAAGAAAUCAGUUGGCCCUGGACAAAGUGCUUUUCAUCGGGAAAGUAACAGAAAUGGGUUAUCUUCAUUUGAUCAAUGUUGAAGAGGAAACCGUUCCCACAAUACCAGUCGUGCCCGCUAAGAAAAGGCGUCUAGAACAUAAAUCAUUUAGUAGCAGUACUUCAUUCUGUGAUCAGUUCGAUUCAGAUAGCAGAAACGAGAUUAACGAACUGUGCUACGACGUGGUAGCACCUACUAUGGAAAAUUCACAGUCCGACUCUGAAGGUGUUUUCCGAGGCUUCGAUUAUACUACCUCUGCACCGCUUUUUCACAGCGAUUCUUCGAGCGUGAACUCUGCUCAUCAAAUUUCAUACUACGACUCGGACACACGCAGUCUCUCACCGAACCAUCCCAGCGCGGUAGAAAUACAAAUUGAAACUAAACCAAAAAAAGCAGCAGAAGAAAAAGCGUUCAUAUCACGUGAUUCACUGUUCUCAAACGAACUAAACUCGGUAGAGUUGCCGUGGAUAGAAAAGACUACAACAAAUAAUGGGAAAAAUCUAGUGGAGAUGACUCAGUAUGAAGAAAUACAGCUAUUGAAGCAGGUGGAAAGUUUGAUACCUAAAAUGAAAGACCCUCAGAAGAAAGCGUACUUGUAUAGGCUACGAGCGAAGCUGGCACUGAGACGACUGAAGAGACAUAAGCAUUUACCAAUAUUCGAUAUAGAUAAGGCUGUCAAACUGCUGGGCGGGUAUAUGACAGAUGAUACCAGAGAGGAGAUAAAUACUGACAGAGUUCUGGAUAGGUUCCAAAGAUCGUACUUAGCAGAUAAUCUAUGUGGCACAAUCGCCAGUUCAAGUUAUGGUAUCAUGUUGGUACCUCGUAUCGAACCUGAACCUUUCCGAUCGCCAUACUCGGGCGCUUUGCUCAAACCUUACAUCAGAAUGGACACGGAAUCUAUGCCAUUAUGGCUGCGUUUGCGCGACGAGCUACUAACGAAGACACACAAGCACGUAGUGGGAUAUAGUCUCCCAAGGCGUGGCACCCUGCAGUACUGUUACGUGAGACCUCAGCACAUGGCUGCCAUUAACAACCUCUGCGCACAGUAUUUUUGGCCCGGAAUUGAUUUGACAGAAGCCCUACAGUACCCAGAAUUCAGUUGUGUGGUGACAUACAAACGAUUGGUGGUGGGAUGUGCGUUUUUGGUACCCGACACGCGACCCAAUGAAGCAUACAUAUCAUUUGUGUUCACGAGGCCUGAAUGGAGAAGGGCUGGCAUAGCAUCCUUCAUGCUAUACCAUCUGUUACAGACUUGUUCCGGGAAAGAUGUUACACUCCAUGUUUCACCGACAAACCCAGCCAUAUUUUUGUAUCAAAAAUUUGGUUUCAAGGUCGAGGAGCUCAUUCAAGACUUUUACGAAAAGUACUACGAUAUCGAGUACAAAGGCUGUCGCCACGCACUGUUCCUGCGAUUAAUUAGAUGAAUAAAAUAUACAU